CAAACCAAUUUUCCUAUUCAUUCCCCCUCAAAAUUCCAAAAUUCUUCUUCUUCUUCUUCAGUUUUCCCUUUCCCUACUUUUUCUCCAAAUUCACUUCCCCUCACUAUAAAUUUUCCCUUUCGGUUCUAAGAAAGAACAGCAAACAAAUUGAGAGAAACAAAAAAUCGCUGAAAAACUGUGAAAAAAUGGAGAGAAAUUCAAGCAAAAAGGCAAAUGAGGGCGAAUCGGCUACUGGGAUUGAUGGUGGAGAAAGGAUUAUGGUGGAAGAAGCUUUUAAGAAUUUGGAGGUUCCUUCAUGGCGGAAUCAGAUCACAUUUAGGGCUCUUCUUACCAGUUUUAUUCUUAGUAUUGUCUUCAAUUUCAUCGUCUGUAAACUGAAUCUGACCACUGGAGUUAUUCCUUCUCUUAAUGUUGCUGCUGGGCUUCUGGGAUUCGCGAUUUUGAAGGGUUACACUUCGAUUUUGGCUCAGUUUGGUCUCAUGAAACAGCCUUUCACUCGACAGGAGAACACUGUGAUUCAAACCUGUGUAGUCGCCUCCUCUGGGAUUGCUUUUAGCAGUGGAACUGCUAGUUAUCUUCUGGGAAUGAGUGCCAAAGUUGCUGCUCAAGCAGAAGAAGGGAACAUUCCGAUUAAUAUUAAGAAACUCUCUGUUGGUUGGAUGAUGGGCUUUCUCUUUGUUGUUAGCUUUGUUGGGUUGUUCUCUAUUGUGCCUCUUAGAAAGACGAUGAUUCUAAAAUAUAAGUUGACCUAUCCAAGUGGAACUGCAACUGCAUACCUCAUCAACUCCUUUCACACACCUAAAGGAGCUAAGCUGGCAAAGAAACAAGUUGCAGUCCUUUUCAAGAGCUUCUGCUUCAGCUUUGUAUUUGCAAUGUUCCAAUGGUUCUUUGCUGCUGCUGAUGGCUGUGGAUUUUCCAGCUUCCCCACAUUUGGUCUUGAAGCCUAUGCAAAAAGAUUCUAUUUUGACUUUUCAUCUACAUAUGUCGGUGUGGGAAUGAUCUGUCCUUUCAUGGUCAAUCUAUCUCUCCUUCUUGGAGCCAUCAUCUCAUGGGGUAUCAUGUGGCCCUUAAUCGAGCUAAGGAAAGGUGACUGGUACAGUGCUUCUUUAUCUGCAAGCAGUCUUCAUGGCAUUCAAGGCUAUAGGGUUUUUAUUGCCAUCUCUAUGAUGCUUGGUGAUGGUCUUUACCAUGUAUUCUUCAUGCUCUUCCAAACAUUCUACAGCCUAUCCAAGCAGAAGUCUGGCAGUGAAAAUGAUGAUUCAUCAUUGGAAGUUACUGAUUAUGAUGCUCAACGAAGAACUGAGUACUUCUUGAAAGACCAAAUCCCUAACUGGGUAGCUAUGCUCGGCUAUGUAAUACUUGCAGCCAUAUCUAUUAUCACAGUUCCCAUAAUCUUCCAUCAGUUGAAAUGGUACCACAUUUUGGUUGCUUAUGCAAUUGCCCCUGUUUUGGCAUUCUGUAAUGCCUAUGGUUGUGGGCUCACUGAUUGGUCUCUUGCAUCAAAUUAUGGUAAAUUUGCUAUCAUCAUCUUCAGUGCUUGGGUCGGCCUUGGCAAUGGAGGUGUUAUUGCUGGUCUUGCUUCCUGUGGUGUCAUGAUGAGCAUUGUUUCUACUGCUUCUGACCUUAUGCAAGACUUCAAAACCGGUUACUUGACUCUAGCUUCACCCCGCUCCAUGUUUUUCAGCCAAGUUGCAGGCACUGCCAUGGGCUGCGUUUUGUCGCCCCUCGUCUUUUGGUUCUUCUUCAAAGCUUAUAAUGUUGGAGACCCCGAAGGCUCGUACCCUGCACCAUAUGGUCUGAUGUACCGUGGCAUUGCUCUUCUCGGCGUCGAGGGUGUCUCUUCCCUCCCCAAAAACUGUCUCACCCUCGCCAUUUGCUUCUUCUUUGGUGCUAUUGUCAUUAACAUCACCAGGGAUGUGCUCCAUAGGUGUGAAACCAAAUACCGCGUCUACCGUUUCAUCCCAAGUCCAAUGUGUAUGGCGAUUCCAUUCUACCUUGGUGCUUAUUUUGCCAUCGACAUGUGUGUCGGGAGCUUAAUUCUUUUCAUCUGGCAGAGGAAGAACAAGGUCAAGGCCGGUGAGUUUGCCCCCGCUGUGGCUUCGGGACUUAUCUGUGGCGAAUCUUUGUGGAGUGUUCCAGCAGCCGUAUUGGCCCUGGCCGGUGUCAAAGCUCCUCUUUGCAUGAAGUUCUUGAGUUCCUCAACCAAUGCUAAGGUUGAUGCCUUCUUAGAAGGCUAAUUAGUUUAAUUAGUAUUAGGGUCUUAAAGUCAAUGCAUUUAAAUUUGAUUACCAAGUGAUUUAGUUUAGGUUCUUUUUAUUUUGUCCUAUACUUUGUACAAAAGCAAAAUCGAUUUCGAGCUUUCUACUUGUGACCAAAUGAUAAUAUUUUAAACAGCUUGUUAUUUUCUCAGCAAGUAUAUGCUUUUGUAUUAUAAAUUAUAAUAAUAAAUUUGUAUUGCUUUUAGCAUAUUGAGAAAUACUUCAAUCAUAUUUCUUCUCUCUCCGUUCAUCAUAAUCCGUUGAGAUUAUAUAUGUAUAAAUCUUGAUAACCUAUUUCUCAACUUAAAAUUUGCGUAAGACCCUUAGUUAUGAAAAUAGUAAGAUUAUUAGUAAAUAUUAGGAUAGUUAUUAAAAGGUACAUUUUGGUAGGUAGAUAGUGAGCUCGUUAUAAGGAAUUUUCUUUUAGAGAAUUAAAGGAGAUUAGCAUUCUUGAAAGACUAGGUUAUUGUGUUGCAUGUUCAAUGAUAUUAUAGUGUAUUUUAACAUAUUUUAAUAUUUUCCAUAUCUCUGUGUACUUGAGUUUAUUCUUGUGUUUUUAAGUAUUUUUUCGUUAGGUGGUAUCCUAACAAAUUGGUAUUAGAGUAUGUUCGAUUUCACUAUGGAUUCAAAUGCAAUAUGUGGUAGGAUAUGGAUUCAAAUGCAAUAUGUGGUAGGAUAAAGAAGGUUUAGAUACCUCGAAAUCAAUGCAACAAAUAUUAGAGGAUUACCUGCAAG